GGAAGAUAUGGAAGACACGGACCAUGUUUUGCAUCGUCUUUGCCAUUGGCGGAUUAUUCGAGAUCAUAGGAUUCGGAGCACGAGCGUCCGCCCACAGCCGCACCGGUAGCGUCUUCACCUAUUCCAUCCAGAACGUGUUCAUCCUCCUCGGACCGACCCUCUUCGCCGCCACCGUCUACAUGACCUUGGGACGUAUCAUUCGCAGCAUCCGUGCAGAGCAAUACUCGGUGGUUAGGGUGAACUGGUUGACCAAGAUUUUCGUGACGGGGGAUGUCGUAUCAUUCCUUCUCCAAGGCUCCGGAGCUGGCAUCAUGGCCACGGGAAGCAACGCAACUCUGGGUCAAGACAUAACCAUGGUCGGUCUGGUGGUGCAAGUGGUGAUGUUUGUCCUAUUCAUCAUUACCGCCAUGAUCUUCCAGGUCCGGAUGCACAGCUACCCAACCCGUCAGGCUUUUGACGCCGACCUUCCGUGGAAGAAACACCUCUACACACUCUAUGCGGUCAGCCUGUUGAUCCUGAUUCGGUCCAUUUUCCGAGUAGUGGAGUAUGGUAUGGGUCAGGAUGGGUAUCUGCUCAGUCAUGAAUGGACCCUGUAUAUUUUCGAUGCGGUUUUGAUGUUUGCUGCCAUGGUUAUUUACGGCGUGUUCUUCCCGAGUGAGCUGCAAGUUAAACGUCCGAAGAGCGUCGAGGGCAGUGGCAUGGCAUUGGGUGGCGCGGAGAGUAUUUAAUUGUUCAUUCUCUUUCUUUUUUUAAUGUUCAUUUGUAAUUAUUGUGUUGCUUUAGCAUAUCUUUCUUUUCUUUCUGUCUAUUGGUUGUCAUAGUAUACGGAUUACCCUGGUACGGAGCAUUGCGAAAUUGCACCACUCAAAUUCUAUAGAAUUGAGACAAGAGACCAAAAAUAAACACCCG